AUGGUCCUCUGGGGUCUAUCUAACCUUACUACGUUGCGAUUAAACGCCAUCGCUGCAUCUCAUAUCGGCGCCGCAUACAAUAACUUGCUUGUCACUACCGUUGCCAGGAGAGAUCUCUUAUUCUGCCUCGGGCCUCCGAUGUUGGGCAUAAGUCUGGAUAGGGCAGUUGACGUGGUCUGUGCCCUGUCCGCCGCCGAUUCCACAUGCGCCCUAAAGCCGAGAACCCUGUGGAGUUCAACACCUAGGUACCUAAUACUUUCUUUGACUUCAAUGUGGCUGCCUAAGAUUGAAAAGUUCGGCCGGCGGUAUCCCCUCUUCGCCGUCAGGAUGACUGCCUCGGUCUUCCUCACCGACAGAGAUAGACCAGCACCAAUCAUCCACUCGGCAACUUUAUUCAGAGCCUGGUUUGUUACCGUCUCUAGUAUCCAUGUUGUGUGGCCAGUUGCCACGACAGCCACGUCGUCUGCGAAGGCCACCAGUUCAGUGGACGACAUUUCGCGCGCAUUCCUCCACAUCCCUCCUGUGUCCACUUGGAGGAGCUCAUCAUACAUAAUGUUCCACAAGAGAGGCCCAAGCACGGAACCUUGUGGAACUCCGCACGUGGUAGGUGUUGAGUUUCCUCCGUGUACCACCGUCCGAUCACUUAGGUAG